AUGUGGAAGAAAAUUGGCCAUCAACCCAAGAUGAAAGCAGGAGAGGCACUUCCGGCUAGUCAGUACAAGGAGUUGGAUUUAGCCCAUGAACCUGCCAUGCCAAACUCCUUAGAGCUGUCAGAAUUCCAGAGUUUCCAGGUCUUCCAGGAAAUUAGCCAUCACAUCAAAGAAGUGGGGGCCAAAUUUGUAAAGAAAGUCAAUGCCAUUUUUCAGAUGGACAUCACUAAGAAUGGGAAGAUUAUUUUCCAAUGGACUAUUGAUUUGAAAAAUGGGUCUGGAGACAUGUAUCCAGGAUCUGCCAGGGUCCCUGCUGACACAUUCUUCACAAUUCCAGAACCUGUGUUUAUGGAAUUGGUUUUGGGCAAAAUCAACCCUCAGAAAGCUUUCCUUACCGGCAAAUUCAAAGUGAGCGGUAAAGUUCUGCUUGGCCAGAAACUGGAAAGGGUUUUCAAAGACUGGGCUAAAGUUUAA